AUGGCUCUGCUAAUGGAGCACCAGUUCAGACAGAUGCCAGCUGACAGACAGGUGGAAACAAGACCGUUUCUGGAGGCUGUGUCAUACCUUCCACCAUUCUUUGACUGCCUUGGCUCUACUAUUUUCGCCCCAUUAAAGGCGGACCUAACUGGUAACAUCACAAAAAUCAAGGCGGUUUACGAAACCAACCCAGUACGGUUCAAGACACUCCAGCAUAUUUUGGAGGCAGAGAAAGAAAUACAUGGAGCAGAAUGGCCCAAAGCUGGUGCAACGUUGGCACUAAUGUGGCUUAAAAGGGGUCUACGAUUUAUUCAAGUCUUCCUACAGAGCCUGGUGAAUGGAGAAAAGGAUGAUAGCAACCCAAACCUCAUUCGAGUCAAUGUCACCAAAGCCUAUGAAAUAGCCCUUAAAAAGUACCAUGGCUGGUUUGUGCAGCAGCUCUUCAAGGCAGCUCUUUUCGCUGCUCCAUAUAAGACAGAUUUCCAGAAGGCCCUCUCCAAGGGUCGGGAUGUCAAGGAAGAGGAAUGCUUGGAAAAAAUCAGAAAAUUCCUCAUCAACUUCUCUCCCACUGUGGAUGCUAUUUAUGAGAUAUAUAGUAAGCUGAAUGCUGAUCUAGACUACACCGUGUGA